GAAAUGUGUUUUGUUUAGAAUUAUACUCAUUUUAUAUAUUAAGAUAAACUUUAUGUUAUGAUGAACAUAAUUUUAUCUUAUAUUGAAUAUAAAAUAUUUGCUAUAAAAUAAAAUUGUUAUAUAUGUUAAUAAUUAAUUAGGACUAAAGUAUGAAUAUUUAUUCAUCAGAUUAUAUACAGAGGAGGAGGGACGACCAAUGAGAGAGGUUACUAGUGUUUUUAUGACAUCGUCAGGAUUAAUAUCUCCUGCCUGUGAAGGCAGAUUACCUGAUGCAUCAAUACCUCCAGAGAUGGAUUCACCUUUACAUACAUUAGAAACCAGAAUAGAUACUUUAGAUGGAAUAUCAUGUGGAAACAGGGAUAGAAUGCUCAAAAAAGAAAAAAGUAAGAAAAUUAAAGAUUUACAUGCAAGGAAAGAAAGCAAAAAAAUAAAAUUAAAACCAUCUAAGAAAGAAAAAGAGAAUAAAGGAAAUGUUUUAUUGAAAUCAGAAAAGAUUGUUAAUGUGAUUGCUGAAAUUGAUGAAGUAAAGAAAACUAUAUCAGAAGAUAUUAGUCAAAAGAAAAAAUUAUUAAAAUGUCAAAAAAAUGAGGAUGAUAAACCAUUGAAAGUUAAAAAUGAUAAAUUUAAGCAAAAAGAAGAGAAGAAAAAUAAAGAAAGUACAAAAUCAAUUAAGACAAAAAAUAAAUUAAAGAACUCUUCUAUAAAUAAAUUUACUUCUAUUCCCAAAUCUCCAAAAUCAUUAAAAGUUCCUAAAUCACCAUCAAGAGCAAAAUCACCUGUUGCAUCAAAAACAUUAAAAUCAAUCAAAUCACCAGUAUCAACUUCUUUAAAACCAUUAGUUAAUACUCCAAUAAAAGAAGAACCAGUUCCAUUACCAUUAUCUCAUUCUUUUAAAACAGAAGCUGAAGAAAAAGAAAAAUUUACACCAGUUUAUGAUGAACUUGAUGAGUCCAGAGAAGAAUCUCCAGAACCUAGGUUAGUGAUUGAUGAUUCUGCAGAAGCUCAAGCAAGACAGGAAAAAGAAUGUAGAAUGGCAGUGCUAGAUGAAUGUAUUGAUGCAGUAAUUCAGAGAGCAAUGGUAGAAAGUGAGAAAAGUGCUAAAGAAAAUGAUAGGGCAAUGAAUGAAACAAUUGAUGAAGUAGUUAGAAAUUCAACUGUUAAAAAAACAGAGCCCCGUGAUAUUUAUGACUUUACAGAUUCAUCAAAUAGUUCUCCUCCUCUAUCUCCAAAGAAUCCAGAAAUGGGAUCACCUAUUAUUCGAAAUAAAAAAGAAAAGGUGAAAACUCCAGAUAAUAUUUCUGCUUCAACUAAUGAAAUAGUAAAAAAAGGGAAAUCAAAAGAUAAAACAAAGAAAAAGCCUGUGUCCAAGUCAAAAGUACCAUCUACAUUAUCUUCACCAAAAACAAACAAAACACCAACACCUGUGCCAAUUCAAAGUCCCACUGAAAAAAAAACACCUACAUUAACUACACCUGAAAGAAAGGAAAUUGUUGAAAUAGAUGAUGAUUUUCCAGUUAUUUCAACAAGUCCACUCAAAUCUACCCCACCUCCUCAGUGCCAACUCCCUCCUCCCGCUCUUUCUCCCUUUUCAUCUUCACCUUUUAUUUCUGCAUCCCCUCACACAGUUAAUCCUUUUUCUUCUUAUUCCAGUCCAUUUACCACUAUUCCUGCUCAAUUUCCAUCUCGUGUGGCUUUCCCUACCCCACCUCUGUUUGUCCCUCAUAGGUCAGAAAUUCCUACUCCUUUUUUUCCUGCACCUCCAUCGCCACAACCAUUGAAUUUAGCAAUGUCAGGACCAAAUGUUCCGGUAAAAAAUUCAGAUAAGAAGUCUCUGCAAGUUGGAAAAUCAAAUAAACAAUUAGAUGACAGUAUAGAAGAAUUGAAUCCACCCAAGAAAUUAAAAUUAGAGGAUGGAAAUGAAAAGAUUAAAGAGAAAAAAGAAAAGGAACAGAAGAAAGAGAAAAAGGAAAAGGUAGAUAAAAAGGACAAAUCCAAGAAGAAAGGAAAAGAGAAAUUAAAGGAGAAAGCUAAACCUAAAGAUAAAAUUGAGAAGGGGAAAUCAGAUAAGAAGAAUAAACUUAAAAAUGAAAAAGAAAAGAAAAAAACAAAGGAGAAGGAAGAAAAGCAACCAAAAGAUGAUAAUAGCAUUCCGAAAAUUACUUUUAAAUUGGGUGGAAAUUCUGCAACUUCAACCAAAAUUGUGAUUAAAUCAUUAUCCAAAACUGGUACAAGCUCCCCUCCAUCAAGUUCAUCAAGCCCAGAAGUGGAGAAUGUACCUGAUAUUCCUGUGGUCAAAACACCAUCUCCGCCACUACAAGUAGAACAAAUACCAGCUUCUCCACCAGCAUCAUUGACUCCUCCUCCAGUGCCUGCACCUUCAAUUUCUAAUCCUAAGGGUCACCCAAGAACUGCUCCUAAAGGAAAAUCAUCUCAAACAGCUGUAGGCAAAAAAGUAGCAGCUUCAUCAUCACCGCCAGCAAGAACUGUCAUAAUAGAAACGUUGGGCACUUUUGUUGAGUGUUCAAGUAAAAUUGAUGAAGGCCAACAUAUGUUUUCUGUUGACCAGUUGCAGUUUGGAAAAAAAGCAAAACAAGAUGAAAGUGGAAAUAAAAUUUGGAUAUGCCCAGCUUGUAAACAACCAGAUGAUGGAAGUCCGAUGAUUGGUUGUGAUGAAUGUGACGAUUGGUAUCAUUGGGUAUGUGUAGGAAUAGUAGUGCCUCCUAAAGAAGAAGAAAGUUGGUAUUGUACAAGAUGUAUAGCCAAACGUCAAGGAGCAAAUCCCAGAAGAAAGAAAAAGAAACAUAAAAAAGAAAAAUAAUUUAUAUCAUUAUUGUUAUUGUCUAUUGUGGAUAUUGUAAAUUGAUACUGAAUGUUGUAUUGUACUUUGUUUUUGUGGGUAAAUAUAUUGUUUUUUUUACUGUA